AUGGGCAAGGUGCUAGAUGGGGAAAACCAGUCCAGAAGCAGAUACCUGGCUAUCUUAGAAGGGGAGGAGGCCAGAUGGAGAACCCACCAAAAGCAGAUUCCUGGGCAGCUACUUCCACAGGCUCUUCUUGUUCUCUGUCCCCAGGCAGCAACUUCUAAGGGCCGCAACUUCCGCAGGUUUUUCAUGUUCUCUGUUUCCAGGCAGCAACUUCUUCUAGUCACCACACCAUCUGACCAACUGCCUCAGGCCAACGAGCUACACCGGGCGAGGGCGGGAAUCGAACUCACGACCAUGUGCACCGUAGGCAGGCGCCUUAACCAUUUGGCUACCAGGAAGGGCUCCUUUACCAGGGGUUCUAGGGAGUGUAUUGACUUUGUUAGGCAGAAGAUCACCUGGCAGUAUAUAAAGACAUUGGGUUGUAACAGUCAUCUGGAGCCUAGACCCUGUGGCGCAUCAUCUAAUGCGCUGGUUUACGGUCCAGGAGUCCCGGGUUCGAAUCCUGGAUGGGACCUUUGCACAAGGAUGAAUGCUUAG